AUGGGCGAGAAAGAGCAUGAUAUCUCGCCGGCGCGAGAGGCCAGCAUCGACGAGGGGCAACUCGCUGCUGAGAAGCAGAUGCGCGACAUCGGCGCAGAUCUAUACCUCGAAGUACAACAAUACUCGAGAGAGGAGCUAGAAGCAGAGCGAAAGAUUGUACUUCGGAAGAUCGAUUGGGUCAUUAUGCCAAUGAUCUGCAUGACAUACAUGAUCCAAUUCCUCGAUAAACUGUCCCUAAACUACGCAAAUGCCUACACUCUGACCCCUGACCUCGGCCUCGAAGGCGACCGCUACGGUUGGGUCGCCGCCAUCUUCAACUUCGGCUACCUCUUCUGGGCGCUCCCAGCAAACUACCUCAUCCAGCGACUCCCCGUUUCAAAAUACACCGGCUCCAUGAUCCUCCUCUGGUCCAUCCUCCUCUGCUGCCACGUCGCGGCCAAAAACUACGCUGGGAUGCUCGCCCUGCGUUUCUUACUGGGUAUGUUCGAAGCGAGUAUCAGUCCAGCUAUCAUGAACAUUGUCAGCAUGUUCUACCGGCGCGAUGAACAACCAGUACGCAUGUGCGUUUUCCUUGCUUUCAACGGCAUGGCGACAAUGGUUGGCGCCUUGCUUGGCUACGGCCUUGGUCACGCGCACUCGUCGCAUAUCAAGACCUGGCAGCUCAUCUUCCUCGUCAUUGGGCUGUUGAACUUCGUCUGGGCGUGGGUGUUCCUCUGGGUUAUGCCUGAUAGUCCUUCUACUGCGAAAUUCCUAUCGCACAAGCAAAGAAUCGUGGCGAUUGAUCGGAUUGCAAGUAACAUGAUUGGUGUCAAGACGAAACAGUUCCAGAAGGCGCAGGCGGUGGAAGCUGUUCUUGAUUUCAAGGUCCUUUGCAUCAGUUUGAUUGGACUCUGCUGCGGUGUAAUCAACGGCGCCGGUGUGCUGGCUUUAUGGAUGGGCUGGGAGAACAAGAGAAGGGAUAAGAAGUUCGGUCAAGGAGAAGACGAGCAAGCUAUUAGGGAUGGAUUUAGCGAUUUGACGGAUAAGCAGGCCAAGCACUUUAGAUAUGCGUUGUAA